AUGCCUCACGCGUCAUCAGAAGAGACUGGGCUCGUGGGCAUUACUCGCCAGUUGGCCGAGUUUGUAUACCAAACGACAUGGGACGACAUCCAGCCCAUCCGCAAUGUGCUCGAGUGCGGCCUCUUAGAUUACAUUGGACUUGCCUCGUACGCGGUCGACCACGUCACCUCGAGCCAGGCCUUCAUUGAAGCAGUCAACAACCUGUCCGCCACCGGGCCCGGUUCGGCCCUGGGCCUCUCACGCCGGUACCAAGCGCAAUACAGUGCCCUGCUGAACGGGACCUUGGUGCACUCCAUGGACUGGGACGAUACCAACAGCGUCGCGUCCCUGCACCCGGGUGCCUCUGCCAUCUCAGCGGCCCUGGCGCAAGCCGAGCUGGAGAUGAGUGCCGCCAGCGGCCGCAAGGUGGCGGGGCGCGAGUUCCUCACGGCCGUGGCGGUGGGGUAUGAGGUGACAUGCCGCCUGGGACGGUCGAUCAGCGACGUGCUGCACCGGAUGGGCUUCCACCCGACGUGUGUGGCCGGAGUGUUUGGCGCCGCCGCCACGGCCGGGAAACUCGCAGGCUUCGACGCGAGCCAGAUCGAGCACCUGUUCGGGGUGGUUGGAAGUAUGGCCAGUGGAUCGCUUCAGUGCUUAGAGAACGGCGGAUGGAACAAGCGCUUUCACCCUGGGAUCGCGGCGCACAACGCUCUGCUGGGCGUGCAGUUUGUCAAGGCCGGUAUGAUGGGCGCGACCAAGGCCAUCGACGGCAAACGCGGCCUGCUGUACUCGUACGCGCGGCUGCCCGAGCCCGACCUGCACAUCGUCGAGGCGCUAGGCUCGUUCUGGGAGACGUCCAACACGGCCAUCAAGCCGUACCCGUCGUGCCGGCUAACGCACGGGCCGAUCGAGGCGGCGUACGCGCUGCGCAAGCAGUUUCCGGACCGGGACGCGGCACUCGCGGACACCACGGCCACCAUCGAAGUCACCGUCGGCCGCAAGGCGUUCAUGGGCGUCGGGGCCACCGCACCGAACAAGAUCCGACCGACCAACAUCGUCGAGGGCCAGUUCAGCCUGUACUUCCAGUUCGCGGUGGCGUGGCUGUAUGGGCGCAACACGUGGGACAUGUACGCGCUGCUGAAGGACGAGGCGGUGCUGGCGCUGUGUCGACGCAUCACGGUGCUGGUCGACGACGACCUGCGCGACGGCUCGCUGGUCACCGUGGCCCGGCUGGGCGACAAGAAGGUCAAGGUCGAGUUCCCGCUCGGCGAGCCCGAGAACCCCAUCGGCCUGCCCGAGGUCGAGAAGAAGUUCCUCCCCAUGGCCGAGAAGGUCUACGAUGUCCAGGGCGCCCGGGACAUCCUGGACUUGUUCUACGGCCUGGAGAACCAGCCCGACCUGAGCGUCUUCACCCAGGCCCUCAGGAAGUGA